AGGAGGAGGUCGCCACACAGCCUCCUCCUGAAGUUUCCUCGAUGGCGCUGGUGAUGGAGCCGGUGAGCAAAUGGAGCACCAGCCAGGUGGUGGACUGGAUGAAAGGUCUGGAUGACUGCUUGCAGCAGUACGUGAGCGUGUUUGAGCGUGGAGGUGUGUGUGGAGAGCGGCUGCUGAGGAUUAGCCACGCCGAGCUCGAGGAGCUGGGAGUCUCUCGGAUCGGACACCAGGAGCUCAUCCUGGAGGCCGUCGACCUGCUCUGUGCGCUGAACUCCGGUCUGGAGACGGAGAGCGUCAGGACUCUGGCCCACAAGCUCGGAGCCUCAGCCAAGAACCUGCAGAACUUCAUCUCCGGCCGCCGUCGGAGCAGCCAAUCGGAGAGCAGAAGCUCGCGGAGGCUUCCUAAUGAUCUGCUGACCUCGGUGGUCGACCUCAUCACCGCUGCCAAGAGCCUGCUCGCCUGGCUGGACAGGUCUCCCUUUGCUGCAGUGGCAGACUACUCAGUAACCCGAAAUAAUGUCAUUCAGCUCUGCCUGGAGCUCACCACCAUUGUACAGCAGGACUGUACGGUGUUUGAGACGGAGAACAAAAUCCUUCACGUGUGUAAAACUCUGUCGGAGGUGUGCGAGCACAUUGUGUGCGUGUCAUCGGACCCGCUGGUUUCCCAGUCGGCCCACCUGGAGCUGGUUCACCUCACCAACGUGAAAGCCUCCGACGGCCUGGGGAUGUACAUCAAGUCAACCUACGAUGGCCUUCAUGUGAUCACCGGGACCACGGAAGGGUCUCCGGCUGACCGCUGUAAGAAGAUCCAUGCAGGGGAUGAAGUCAUUCAAGUCAAUCACCAGACCGUGGUGGGCUGGCAGUUACGUAACCUGGUCGGCUCGCUGAGGGCCGAUAAAGGCGUCGUGUCCCUGACCCUGAAGAAGCGUCCGCAGAGCACGCUCAGCUCGGCCCCCGCGCUGCUGAAAAACAUGCGCUGGAAACCACUGGCUCUGCAGCCAACCAGAAGCCCCGGCAGCGGCUCGGCCACGCCUUCAGGAACGCCCACCAAGAGCUCCGCCUUGCAGGAUCUCUACAUCCCUCCUCCGCCUGCUGAACCGUACACACCUAGAGAUGAGACGGGAGUUUUGUCUGGUGAUGAAGCAUCUCGUAACCAUGGUAGCAUCAGCAUCGCUAAGCGCUCUGAGUCACCAAACUCCUUCCUGGAUCAAGAGUCUCACCGCCGAGAAGAGGAGGAGCCUGUGUACUGCACCACGCCUACAUACGGCAGACUGAGGCCCAUUUCCAUGCCUGCCGAGUGCAACUGGCCGGGAGACUACGAAGAUCCGGCCAAGCUGAACAGAGAGAAUCGCAGAGAAGCCUCCAUGAUGCGCUACAUGGCGCUGCCCGGCGGGGACGAGCGGACCGCCCACGAAGACUACUCCUCCCACACGGCGCGUCCAGGCAAACGCUCCAAUGACACGGCCAAACGCGCCAAGAGGCGGAGCCACCACAGCCAGAGCCCCUCCCACUAUCUGCAGACCAAUCAGAGAGACUCUCCUCCAGAGAGCCCGCCCCCAUUUAUCAAGGUCAGGUCUCAAGUGUUCCUGUCGGAGUUCACAGUUCCUAAGGUGAAAGAUGGCCUGGAGCCUGGUGGAGCUGGCUGCUGCUGGUGCUUGGGCCUGGUGGUGGAGGUUGAAGGAGCCUGGGCUCCGGCCUGGUGGUGGAGGUUGAAGGAGCCUGGGCUCGGCCUGGUGGUGGAGGCUGAAGGAGCCUGGGCUCCGGCCUGGUGGUGGAGGUUGAAGGAGCCUGGGCUCGGCCUGGUGGUGGAUGGCUUUGGUCCGGGCAGGCGUUUCUGGGGAAAAGAGCUCGGCUGGUUAGACUGCCCAAGCGUUUCUGCUCUGCUUGGAGUUGAUGGUAGCCGCCGCCGCCGCUGCCCGGUGGUGGAAGCCGCCGCCGCCGCUGCUGCGGCUGCUGGCCCGGUAGUGUUAGCCGCCGCCGCCGCCGCUGCUGCUGCCUCGGUGGUGGAAACCGCCGCCGCCGCUGCUGCCCCGGUUGUGUUAGCCGCUGCCUCGGUGGAGAAAGCCGCCGCUGCUGCUGCUGCUGGCCCGGUGGUGGAAACCUUAGCUCUGCUCAGGUGCUCUGCUCAGGUGCUCUGCUCAGGUGCUUCUGCUCAGCUGCUCUGCUCAGGACGGAGUUUGGCCUCCCUGAGUCGGAGGCGUGUUUCCUGCAAGGCGCUGGGAAGAGGAGACUGCGAGGGCUGGCUGUGGAGGAAGAGGGACGCCAAAGGCUACUUCUCCCAGAAGUGGAAGAAGUACUGGUUUGUUCUGAAGGACAACUGCCUGUACUGGUACAUUAAUGAGGAGGAUGAGAAAGCGGAGGGUUUUGUCAGUCUUCCAGAGUUUAAGAUCGACCGGGCCAGUGAAUGUCGAAAGAAAUAUGCUUUCAAAGCGUGCCACCCCAAGGUCAAGAGCUUCUACUUUGCGGCAGAUGGAGUGGAUGACAUGAACAGGUGGCUCAGCCGUCUCAACAUGGCAGCCGUGGGCUACGCAGAGCGGGAGAGGAUGCGCCAAGAGCAGGAUUACUGGAGUGAGAGUGAACACGAGGAUGAAAGCACCUCCAGCCCGAAGCAGGACAGCCCUCCACCUCCGUACGACACCUACCCUCGACCGCCUUCGAUGAGCGCGUACUUGGAGGGCCGGACCACGCGCCUGUCUUCCACGGAGACUUCUCGUUCCCGCUCUUCUCAGGAAGACUUCCUGUGUGGUGAACCCCCCGCGGUAGCCGCAGAGCCGCAGUACCACCCCGGUCCUCUGGGGGGAGGCACCACUCACAGUGGGAGGAAGCCCGGUGGCAGCACCAGCAGCGACCUGCAGUACAGAUGUGAUCCGGUGGAGUACCGCUCCAGUCCUGCAGGGGGCAGCAGCGAGACGGGCUCCCCGGGCCGCUCUUCCUCCUCCCAGAGGCGUUCCUGGCAGGACCUGAUAGAGACACCGCUGACUGAGGCUGGACUGCACUACCUGCAAACUGGACCACUUGAGGACGCCGUCUUCGCUGAGCCCAGUCCGGGCGGCGGCGGUUCGAUGAUCGCUGGAGGCGUUUAUACUCUCCCUCCACAGAGGAAUGCCCCGUUGCCCAUGGCGAUGCAGAGGCUAAUCCCUAUGGCAACCCAGGGAGGGAAACCCCGCAGCUUCACGCUGCCGCGAGACAGCAACCUGCACACACUCCUGGCGCUGCCUUCCAAAGAGGAGCAGGACACACACGGCGGAGGCAGUGAAGGCGCAUCCUUGGGCGACUUGUUUCGUGCGUGCGAGCAGGGCGGAGUCUGUCCUCUGGGGCGGGGGGCCGAGGCCAAGAGCCAGACGGAGUUCAGGCAGUCGUUCCUCCGGCGGGCCGCGGACCCUCAGCUCAACGACCGCCUGCACCGCCUCCGCAUACUGACCUCCACGCUGAAGGACAGGGAGGGGGAGCUCGCGCUGAUUGACAGGCUGCUGGCCAACCCCCAGCUGUCGUCGGCAGAGUUCCAGGAGUGGAAGAGAGCCUAUCAGGAGCUGUUCUCUCAGGAGCCCGACGCGGCUGCCGAGUCGGAGCCCGGGCCGCCCCUCACCCCCUCGCUGUCUCACACACACUCCUACAUCGAGACGCACGUCUGACGCAAACACACGCUUAAAUGGGCCGAUUCCCAGUAGGGUUGGAAGAAACUGCUCCCGAUGUUUUCACGCCUCGUGGGUCGUGAUCCGAAGAGACGUAGUCUUG